GACGGCAUGGACACGCUCAGCGACUACAUCCCGCAGAGCAACGAGAUCUCGCGCGUGCCCUCGACCGCCGGCGACCCGACCCCGGCCCCCGCAGCGGGUCCUUCGGCACUCGGCCAGGACAACGGCCUCGGCGCAGACGACGACGACGACGGCGACGAGAUCGAGAGCGAGUACGACUCGGAGGGCGACAAGGUCGUCAAGACGGCCCAGGGCGUCAAGAAGGUCAGCCAGAAGAAGGAGGCCAAGCGCAAGCUCGACGACAAGCUCGCGUCGCGCCGGACGACCCAGGCCUCGCUCAAGUCGAGCGACUCGAUCAAGCGCUUCACCUACCUCCUCGGCCAGACCGACCUGUUCAAGCACUUCUGCGACCUCAAGGCUCAGCGCGACCCUCACUUUGCUCAGCUCCUCGUCGAGGCAGAGAACGCGGGCAAGGCCAAGGGCCGGCGCGGCAAGGCGGCCCAGUCGCGCGGUCGCAAGUCGGAAAAGGACGAGGACGCCGAGCUGCUCGAGGCCGAGAAGGAGACCGACGGGCUCGGCGAGGGCGAGGGCCCGUUCGUCUUUACCGAGUCGCCGGCGUACGUCAAGGGCGGCAAGAUGCGCGAGUACCAGGUCCAGGGCCUCAACUGGAUGUGCGGCCUGUACUACAACGGCAUCAACGGCAUCCUCGCCGACGAGAUGGGUCUCGGCAAGACGCUCCAGACGAUCGCGUUCCUCGGCUACCUCAAGUUCAUCCGCGGCACGCACGGCCCGCACCUCAUCGUCGUCCCCAAGUCGACGCUCGACAACUGGGCGCGCGAGAUCGACCGCUGGGUCCCGGGUUUCAGCGUCGUCGUCCUCAAGGGCACCAAGGAGGAAAGGGCCGAGCUCGUGCAGCAGCGCAUCCUGCCCGGCGACUUCGACAUCUGCCUCGCGUCGUACGAGAUCUGCCUGCGGGAAAAGGCCGGCCUCAAGAAGCUCGCGUGGGAGUACAUCGUCAUCGACGAGGCGCACCGCAUCAAGAACGUCGACUCGAUGCUGUCGCAGAUCGUCCGCCUGUUCGACUCGCGCGGCCGCCUCCUCAUCACGGGCACGCCGCUCCAGAACAACCUGCACGAGCUGUGGGCGCUCCUCAACUUCCUCCUGCCCGACGUCUUCUCGGACGUCGCCGACUUUGACGCGUGGUUCGAAAAGCAGGGCGACGCGAGCGACGCCGCCGUCGUCAAGCAGCUCCACGCCGUCCUGCGCCCGUUCCUCCUCCGUCGCGUCAAGAUGGACGUCGAGAAGAGCCUUUUGCCCAAGAAGGAGAUCAACGUUUACGUCGGCAUGACCGAGCUCCAGCGCAAGUGGUACAAGUCGAUCCUCGAGAAGGACAUCGACGCCGUCAACGGCGCGAGCAGCAAGAAGGAGGGCAAGACCCGCCUCCAGAACAUCGUCAUGCAGCUGCGCAAAUGCUGCAACCACCCGUACCUGUUCGACGGCGCCGAGCCGGGUCCGCCGUUCACGACCGACGAGCACCUCGUCGAGGCGGCCGGCAAGAUGCUCGUCCUCGACAAGCUCCUCAAGAGCAUGAAGGCCAAGGGCUCUCGCGUCCUCAUCUUCUCGCAGAUGAGCCGUGUGCUCGACAUCCUCGAGGACUACUGCCUCUUUCGCGAGUACAAGUACUGCCGCCUCGACGGUGGCACGGCGCACGAGGACCGCAUGGAGCAGAUCGACGCGUACAACAAGCCCGGGUCCGACAAGUUCAUCUUCCUCCUCACGACUCGCGCCGGCGGCCUCGGCAUCAACCUCGUGUCGGCCGACGUCGUCGUCCUGUACGACUCGGACUGGAACCCGCAAGCCGACUUGCAGGCCAUGGACCGCGCGCACCGCAUCGGCCAGACCAAGCAGGUCUACGUGUUCCGCUUCGUUACCGAGAACGCCGUCGAGGAAAAGGUCCUCGAGCGCGCCGCGCAGAAGCUGCGCCUCGACCAGCUCGUCAUCCAGCAGGGUCGCGCGACGCAGAGCACCAAGAACACGAACAAGGACGACCUCGUCGACAUGAUCCAGCACGGCGCCGAGAAGAUCAUCAACUCGAAGGAGUCGAUGGCCAUCGUCGACGACAUCGACGACAUCAUCCGCCGCGGCGAGAGCAAGACGGCCGAGCUCAACUCGAAGUACGCCCAGCUGUCGUUCGACGAGCUCCAGAUCUUCAACAACCCGGGCGCGCAGGGCACGUCGACGCAGUGGGAGGGCGAGGAGUACGGCGGGCGCAAGGGCGGCGCGGGCAAGCUCGCCAACAUGCUGUGGAUCGAGCCGUCCAAGCGCGAGCGCAAGUCGGUCGGCUACUCGGUCGACGGCUACUACCGCGGCGCGCUGCACACGGGCCAGGGUCGUCCUCCCGGCACGAGGGGUCCGAGGCGCCCGAGGCCGGCCGCCGCCGACGACUACAAGUUCUACCCGCCGCGCCUGCACGAGCUCCAGGAAAAGGAGCAGCUCUACCAGAAGAAGCAGCGCGAGGAGAAGGCGGUCCUGCGCGUCGACGCGACCCUCACCGAGGAGGAGCUCGAGCAGGAGCGUGUCGCCGAGCAGGAGGCGAUCGACAACGCCGAGCCGCUCACCGAGGAGGAGACCAAGGAGAAGGAGGAGCUCGUCGGGCAGGGCUUCGGCAACUGGGCCAAGCGCGAGUUCCUGAACUUCAUUCGCGGCAUCGAGAACUACGGCCGCGACGACUACGCCGGCAUCCACGUCGAGGUGCCGACCAAGACGGUCGACGAGAUCCGCCAGUACGCCGAGGUGUUCUGGGACCGGUACCAGGAGAUUGACGACUGGGAGCGCCACAUCGCCAAGAUCGAGAAGGCCGAGAAGAGCCGCUCGGCGCAGGACCGCGAGUGGGAGCUCAUCAAGCAGCGCGUCAACGAGGUCAAGUACCCGCUCACGCAGCUCAAGAUCGUCUACGCCAACCAGACCAAGGGCAAGUCGUACUCUGAGGACGAGGACCGGUUCCUGCUCGUCGAGAUCGCCAAGUACGGCCUCAACCAGGAGGAGCGCAUCAAGCGCGACAUCAUGGAGUUCCCGGCCUUCCGCUUCGACUGGUUUAUCAAGAGCCGCACCGUCGAGGAGAUCCGCCGUCGCUGCAACACGCUCAUCAAGCUCGUCACCAAGGACUCGGGCGGCCCCGACGACGGCGACGACGCGCCCGCCACCUCCAAGAAGCGCGCCCCGAAGCGCAAGGCCAAGGACGCGCCCGAGGGCGCUCCCGGCAGCGAGGACGUGUCGCGCGCGAGCACGCCUGCGACCGGUGGAGCGGGCGGCACGCCGUCGGCGGCGGCGGCCAAGAAGCCCAAGAUGUGAGCGGAGCGGGUCGCCGGCGUCGCGCUUGUUCCUCAUGUCCUUGUAGUCCUCCUCUAUCCCUCCAUUGUCUCUCGACCGUCUGUGCCAAUGUCCCGCUUUACCGUCC